UCAAGUGUCGGUUGUCACUCGUCGACCGUCGUACUGUGUUCGUGUUGUGUAUUAUAGAUAGAUUGACUUAGUUGUCCAAAGAUCAUUAACAAAUGAAUCUCCUAAACAUUAUUUAAAUGUGAUAUUAUACUUAUUCAAAAUGUCAACUGCCUUCUUAGCGUUCAUAGCACUAAUUUUGAUUUUCUUAUUUCGUAUUUUAAAUGUCAUUAGUACUCCACAGAAACCCACUAUUUACGGCAAAGAUGUAAAUUUUCUAGCUUCAUUGAUGAAAAUGGCACCACUCCUCGAAAUUCCAUACACACCAACGAGGCUUUGGGGAUUCAGUGGCCACGUACAGACAGUAGUGCACAGUGUAAUAGGAAGAUUUAGAUGUCCUUGGCCAAUUGGAGAGCGCAUCCAAUUGUCAUUAUCUGAUAAUUCAUUGCUCACAUAUGAUUUGUAUCAGCCACUAGAACAUAAAUAUGAAGAUGAUGUCACUCUUGCUAUUGUGCCUGGAAUCUGCAACACCUCUGAAAGUGUCUACAUCCGUACGUUCGUCCAUUACGCACAAUGUCAUGGUUACCGUUGCGCCGUACUCAAUCACAUCGGAGCUCUCUCGUCUGUUCCUGUUACUACUAGUCGGGUUUUUACUUACGGUUACACAAAUGACUUUCAUGACAUGUUGCGCCAUCUGUGUGAACGCCAUCCGGAGUCCAAGGUAGUCAUCAUCGGAUACAGCAUGGGGGGUAACAUCGUCACCAAGUACCUCGGAGAAAAAGAUAAAGAGAAAGUGCCCAACCUGAUAGGCGGAAUCUCCAUCUGUCAGGGAUAUGAUGGUAUCCAGGGUACCAAGUGGCUGCUAAACUGGCAAAACUUCCGUAGACUCUACUUGUAUGCCAUGACUGAAGCCGUAAAAGGGAUCAUUCUCAAGCACCACAAAAUCCUUCUCAGUGAAGAAGCAAAAUCCACUCACAACCUGAACGAAAGAGAAAUCAUAUCAGCAGCUACUCUACCAGAACUUGAUGAUGCUUAUACCAGGAAAGUAUAUGGCUUCCCAACAGUGGAGGAACUGUAUAAAUGGAGCAGCUGCAUCAACUACUUUGAAGGGAUAUCCCAUCCAAUGAUCUUCUUCAAUAGCAAGGACGAUCCGUUGAUUCCUGACUCCCUUUUAGAACCUGUUCGACAAUUUGCAACCACCAAUAACAAUACUGCUUACAUCGAGAUGGCCCAUGGAGGACACUUGGGUUUCUACGAGGGUGGAUUGUUGUACCCCAACCCUAUAUCCUGGUUGGAUCGGUCCCUUGUGGCUGUUAUUGGAGCCUUAGUCUGUACACACCACGAGACCAAAAACUCCAAACCCAUCGAUUAAGCCAACCACUCACGAUCACAUUCCACUAACUAGUGUUAAUCUGUUAGCUUUUCAUAUUGCAACAAUUAUUAGUUUGUAGUUUUUCUAUAUAACUAUUGAAAAUUGAUCAUUAAUGUAAAUUUUAUCACAAGGAUAGCUAUUGAUCAAUGUUUUGUCUUUUGUAUCUUAUUUAUCAUGUUUAAAAACCGGGAUGGAUGAGAGUUUAUUUUGUAUAAUAAUAUUAUUGAUAGUAUUCAGUCGUGUUUAUAUUAUAAUAUAUUUAAUAUUGAUAUCUCUGUGUAUUUUUGUAUAUAUUUAUAGGAACUAUGUUUUGUUAAAUGUUUGUAUAGUUUUGUAACAAAGUAGUUAACGAUGUAAUUGUUGUGUUAUACAUUUAACCCGUCUACAAAGGAAAGCCAAAGAAAUAAUUUUACUUUGUGGACUUUGUUAAUAUUAUUUAUUUUAGCUCUACUUUUUAUCACCCAACACUAAACUUGUUUCUAUCAACACUUAUUACAUGAAAUAUUAUCACAACAGAUUUUAUACUCGAGUAAGAACAUUGAUAUACAUUUAUACAAUUGGUUUUGUAAGGGCAUGACAAAGUUUUAAAACCAUCAUUAAUCUAAUCAUGUUCCCUUAUACCAUUUGCUCAGAUUUUUUUUCAGCUAGAUUUCUUAUGUAAAUAUUUAUCUUUUUUAUUGAUUCUAGUGAAUUACAUUAUGUUAAAAAUUUUCAGGUCUGUUUUUAAUUGAUUGUUGUUUUAGUGGUAUUAUAUUGCCUUAUUGUUAACAGUUGCUCCAUAUCAAUUAAACAUUUUUUAAGAGGGCAAUAAAAACUUUUAUUAGAUUAGUUGUAGGUAUUAUUGUUGUUCCUAUUUUUAUAUAUCCUAAUAUUGUUUUAAUACACAACUUUUUCAACCCUUUAAUAACCAUUAAGAAUACUUGAAAGUUGAAACAGAAACGUUUAGUUCUGUUAAAAAAAGGAGUGUCACAGACUCCUUAUUAAGUAUUAUCUUAUUCACUAAUUAUGUCUUAUACUUUUUUUGUGUCAGCUAUAGCCUUAUGCCUAAUAUCUGACUUUUUAUAUUGUUAUAGUUGUAGUAUCAUGUUUCCAUCAGUUAAUAUUUUGAGUAUAUUUCUUAUCAACCAGUGUGUUGAUUGUUCCAUUUAGUGGUAUGUGUAUGGCAAUAUGUUGUUUCAUUAUAUCAAAAUUACUUCUUGGCUUAUAAUUUAUUUUAAUAUUUUCCAUUGUCAUUUCUGUUUAGUUCAAUUUAACCAGGAUAUUUGAACAUUAGAUAAUGUACAUGUUUUAUUCAUUGAGUGAACUAAUCAGCGCUCGAGUUGUAAAAAAUGAGGUAUCGGAACUGUAACCUGAGGUAAUGUGAUUUUUGCCAAAAAUUUUUUCUUUCCGGAAAGAGAGCUACCGGAACUCUGUUUCGCCACGUGCCCCCGCAAAUCGAGCACUGGAAUUUAGUAAUCCUAAUAACAUCUAAAUUAUAAUAAUUUUUUUUGUAAUAGAAACUUUGGUCUGCUUUAAAGACAAGUGGCUUAAAGUGACUGAAUUACUAAAAUCAACCACUUUAAAACUAAACAUAGCAAUGUUAAUAAUGUCAAAAUGUUUGUAGUGUUAGUCAUAAGAAAUUCUACUUUAAAAACUAUACUGUACAUUUUUGUAAACAAACGUUACCAAAAUUUCAUCCUCUUAAAACAUUUUUUACCAAUAAAGGUUGUAAAGUUAAAAGUUAAUAUUCAACUAUUGUAUUAUAGGUAAACUUUAUUAUCAAAACACUAGUCUUCCUUUUUAUGUGUCCCUGCUUUUUUGGCCAAAGUCGUGAUUGUUUAAAUGUUAAUCUUUACAAAUAUUUUUCAACCUGUAUUAUUUUGUAUGCUAUAAUGUUAGGGUGUAAAGAAUUGGUCCAGUAUUUUAUUAGUGUAAUUAAUUUAUUUGUUUAGAGUAUGUGUGAGGACUAGGGCUUUAUGGUAAGCGUGCCCAAGUGAUUUUAUAGUUUAAAAUGACAUAUGGUAACAGAAUGGAAUUGUCAAAACUAUAACAUUUUCAUGCUAUAGAGCAGUAUAAACUUAAUAAAAAAGAACCUAUAAAAAAUAUAAAAUAUUUUUUUUAUCUUUUCUGUUCACAAAAAAUAAUCCCAUUUUUAUCAACUAAAUGGUCCAACCAUUUAGCUUGCAGCGGGUUAUGCUAUUAGUUGUGCAUUCCUAAAUAAACCAAUAAGUGUUGUUAAACCGAUUAACUUACAUGUUAAUUGUGAUUGAGUUUUAAAGUUGGCUUAGCAUUUUUGUCCAGGUUGUAUGUUUUUUUUAAUUCAUCCAAAUUACAACAUUCCACUCUCAAUUUUGAGAACCUAUCUGCAUUUAAUUUUAUUACCUACCACCAACAUUGUGUAACAACAUGAUUAGAAGUAGGAGAUCAUUAUUUAUUUAGUUACGACGAAUAUUUUUAUCUUUAUUCAUGAAAUAGAACCAGUAUUUUUCUAAUGAUUUGACUAAUAGUGUGAUUUCUGAUUGUUUGAAGUAACCUUUAGAUUUUGUAAAUAUCAUUUUAGUGGUAAUGUUUUGUAAAAUUUUAUUCAACACAUUAUUUCCCAACUUAACAUAAAGGCCAUGCCUCACCGACAUCCGAUGCUACUGCCGUGGGACUACCGCACGUGCACAUUUUACCUUAAGAGCCAUGCCACACCAAAAGUCCGCGGCGGGAGUUUUGAGGUGAUUUCAUUAAAAUUUGUUUUACAUAAGAAAAACAUCUAAACUAUUUAUUUAGUAUGCAAUGUAAAUUUUCUGGUUUUUUAAAGUAGUAAAGUGUUUUUAAGAAGCAAUUGAAUGUUAUUUAUUUGUUAGUGUAACUUACAUUAAAAAGUGAACUGUAAUUAUUUUUUUUAUUUGAGACCAUUUGUUCGAAGUGCAAGCAUUUUAAAUAUGGUUGAGUAUAAAUUAUCCACUUUCUCUUCUGUUUUGAACGUUAUUUUUCGCUACACUACAAAGACUUUUUAAUAAAAACACACAUUGGAAUAUUUCUUCAAUCCAGUUACGAACAUUUAAAAACUAAUGGAAUUUUUUUUGCUAGGCCUUCUAUUAAAAUUUCAAAUUUUCAUUGAUUGUACAGUUUGGUUGUUGCGAAUUGAAGCAGUUGAUGAAACAAUAACAAAUGUUUGUUUACGUCGACAUACAAAAUUUGAUAGGAAACAUAAAAAUUUGCACCGUUAACACUCUUUUUGCAUGUUUAACAAUCUAGAAUUUUUUCUGGUAAUAAAUAUAUAACGAAAACAAUCGAUUACAUAGUAGUGAAGCGAAAAUACAAAACAACAUAGAUCAGCAAGUUCGCUCCCGCUGCAGUAGCAAGCUCAGUGUGGCAUGGCCUUUAGUGACAUUAGUCUCAAGAUAGUUUUUUAUAUGAAUUAUAAAUGUAAAAUACAUUCCCUGCCUGAUGAUGCAAAAAGUGUAGCUUCUUACAGAGUUUGAAAAUGAUUCUAGUUCUUGCAGCUGAACAACAGACAAAAUCUGUAGUUCAUCAUUGCCAGCAAUUUACGUUUUAAAGUGAUAAAUUUUUUAGUCCUAUUUUUCCAGGGCCGAACAUUCUCCUUGCUAAAACAUAUUUUAUGAUUUAGAGAUUCAACACGGUUAAGUAUAUAUGAAUAUUUGUCAAGACAUUAUAUCUUAUAAAAUUAAUUGUAGACAUUUUACUAUUUUAACUACAUUUUAUUCAUCAAGAGAAAUCCUUAUUUUCUUUUGUUUUUAUGUAAAGUGAGGUAAUAUGAAAACAUAUUUUUACUUACCUAAUGGCUGGAUAUGAGUUAGCAAAUUAAAUAUAGCAAAAUUUGCUUAUAAUUUUUUUCAUAUAAGUUAUCAAAAUAAGACUAAACACUUCAAAUUCUUCCAUUUCCUAAUAAUAAAAUUGAUAUUUUAUUUGAUUGUGAAUUUUACUUUGGUUGUGAACAGAGGUUCAACAAAUUUUUCCUAUUUUGUUUAAAAAUAGGGACUCGUAUGAAUUACAAAAGACAUUAGGCCACACGGUGUAAGCUUUAAUUAUAAGUUUACUUCAGUAUUUUUUUCAUGUUAUCGUUGACAGAUCAGCACAAAUUCAAAAUAUUACAAGUGCUGUUUGGUGAACACCGUCUGGUGAUCAUAAUCACUUUAAACUAAAAUCUGUUAUAUUUGGGCAAAGUCCUUGUUACUAACCGAGUUUUGUUAUCUAGAAGAAAAUAGCUGUAUACUUUAUAUGUUGCUUUACUUUACCAGUUUCAUAAGUUACAAGACUAGAUCUACCACUAUAGUUCUAAUAAUGAAUAUUAUUGAUGCCAUUUUAUAAAUAAAUACAACACUGCCUCAAUAAGCUAUUGUAAAUUUUUUAUGACAUUUCAAUUGGUUUGUGUUUUCAAGAAACUUCUUACCACAGAGCAUAGUUCACAAAUGAGAGGGUUUUAAAUAAGCAGUGCCUUUUUUAAAACUUCACUUUCUGGACUGCUCUUGUACAUUUAAUUGGAAGUCAAAACUGAUUACAAAGAUUUUGCCUUUUCUAAAUACCAUAGCAAUAUCAUGUAACUCAUGAAAGACUGAUAUUGUAGAAGUUUAGUGGACAAAUCAAAUUUGUAGCCUCAGCUUGUUGUAUAUGAUUGUACAAUACCUCCAUCAUAGUUAUUUUUACAGGCAUUCUUGCUCAAAACUAAACUCAUCCUUUUCUCAUUUUCUGUAUAGCCCUAGUAAGGUUACAAAAGAAACAAAAAACAGAAAUAAAUAAGUAUAUAUUUUUAUAUAUUAGUUGCUUGCAGUAGUAUGGUAGGCCUACGCUUAGGCUGUGAAUGAGCUUUUCAUCAGUUAAUAAUGUUAGCUAUUUAUUAGUUACUAAAAAAUGUAUAUUUUAAAUCCUCCAGUUAUCCUCACAAAACUGACAUUAUUGUAGAUGUUUGCACCCUCUACAGGUUUGCAUUCUGUAAUUCAAACUUGGAAAGUUAUAUUGUGGAACAAGAAUGGUUUUGUUGUUCAGUCUGAGGUUGCUUAUUUUAAAUUCUUGUCAAUGAAAAUCAAAUAUAAAAUCCUUUAUAAAUUACUACAGAAUUGGUACUUAA